CAGCAGCAGCAGCAAAAAAAAGACUUUUAAAAAGACGAGGAGGGUUUCAGCCUCGACGGAAGUUCGACAACGAUGAGGCUUUUGGGAUUUCUGUGCUGUGUGAUGCUCACCAUCUGCCUCAGUGGGGAAGCGAAGGGUCAACGGACGCGGUUCAGGCGAGGGACUCGACGGUUUAUGUAUAAACCAUCGCAAGGGCAGUGCACUGACUCCAACACGUCAGGCACGCGUGUGAACGGCGAGAGCUGGCUGGAAGGCAGGAAUCGCCGCGUGGAGUACUGUCGGUGCGCGGGCAGGCGCAUCCAGUGCCACGCCGUGCCCACCGUGGAGUGCAGCAAAGUCAAGUGCUACAACGGGGGGAGGUGUCGCAAAGCUCUUUACUCCCAUCACUUUGUGUGCCAGUGCCCCGAUGGCUUUAGCGGCCCCCGCUGCGAGAUUGACACCCAGGCUCACUGCGCUCUGGGACACGGGGCCUCGUACAGGGGGACGUGGAGUGUGAGUUUGUCGGGGUACACCUGCCUGAACUGGAACUCCAGCGCCGUGGCUCACACCGUCUACAACGCCCGGCGCCCCGGGGCUCUGCGGUUAGGGCUGGGCAACCACAACUUCUGCAGGAACCCAGACAAUGAUGGCGCUCCCUGGUGCCAUGUGUAUAAGCAUCAGGUCCUGACCUGGGAGACUUGCGAUAUUCCAACCUGCCCACAAAAUCGGCGAUCUGAGUGCUACACGGGAAUUGGAGUGGAUUACCGGGGAACCAAGGACUCCUCUCUCUCGGGCAGACCCUGCCUGAGCUGGGACUCUCUGGCCUUGCGGAAGACGAAGAACAAUGCAUGGAUGGCUGGCGCUCGCAAGCUCGGGCUGGGCAGCCACAACUUCUGCAGGAAUCCAGACAAGGAUAGUCAACCCUGGUGCCACGUCAGGAAGGGACGACACGUGACCUGGGAAUACUGCGAUGUCAAGCGGUGCCCGGUGUCCGUCGAGACGUGUGGGAAGCGGCGUCCGAAGCCAGUGCAGUACCGGAUCAGGGAGGAAUCCCCACAGACAUCUCCUCCCACCCCUGGCAGGCCGCCAUCUUCCUCUACUCCGACAAGAGCGACACCGAUGGCCCUGUGCGGGGGGAGCCUCAUCGGGUCCUGCUGGGUGCUGACCGCCGCUCACUGCUUCUACGAAAGGUCAGUCUGUUCGCAGGUCGAGCGCCUGAAGGUGAUCAUGGGCCGAACAUUCCGGGCGGAGACCAGCCCCAACGAGCAGAUCCUCCACGUGGAGAAGUAUUUCAUCCACGAAGACUUUGUCGACCGGACGAAGGACAAUGAUAUCGCUCUUAUUAAACUGAAGCCCAGAGUGGGGCAGCAGUGUGCGGUACCGACCCAGUUUGUGAACACCGUCUGCCUCCCCGAGGCCGGCCUCGAGUUACCCGACUGGACCGAGUGCGAAAUUUCCGGCUACGGCAAAGAAAGUCAGAAUUCACCCUUCUACUCAAAGCGACUUAAGGAAGGAAAUGUAAGGCUAGUCCCACGCUCCAAAUGCUUGGCGUCCCACACCAACACCCUCCCGAUCACCAACAAUAUGCUCUGUGCCCAAGACACUCGAAACCUUGACGAUGCCUGCCAGGGUGACUCGGGAGGACCCCUCGUGUGCCCUAAGGAUGGAUUGAUAAACCUGUACGGGAUAAUCAGUUGGGGGGACGGUUGUGGGAAAGUUGACAGACCCGGGGUCUACACCAAGGUCACCGUCUUCCUCCAGUGGAUCUACCAACACAUGGACAUGAGGCUAUACUGACCGGUCGGACGGUCCUUGAGGCGAGUGAGGCCGGGACUGAGCCCAGCACCGAGGAGCCCACACUGACGUCACCACUUGCCGUCCCAACGCUGUUUCUGCCACUCGUAUGGCCUCACUUCUGUCAGUGUCCGAGACGUGGGUUGUGGGUUGAUGCCACUAUCAGUUGGCGCCGGCCUCCUGUUUGUCCCCUCUCCCCCCCCC